GCUCCGGCCACGUCGCGACGGCAAGGGCAGCCACAUAAUGCGCCGCAGCGGCAGGCCACGCUCACCUCGCAGCCACCAUAGGCGAACCCUCUCUUCCUCCUCGUAACGUGUCCGUCUCUUCCCCCACCCGUCCCCCACCUCCCCCCAUCUUUUAAUCUCUCCUCGGCCCACGUUAUAUUGGGGGUAGGAAGGCAGCGGAGAGCCGGUGUUGCCAAGCUCGACUCAAGAAUCAUUGCUGUUCUAGCUCGCUUUUGCCAAGGUUAGCUGCGUGUGUGUGUUGCUCGAUCCGUUGCAUGGCAUACUCCGGCGACGUCGAAGCGGUGCCGGAGCACUGCGCGGCUCACCCGGCCGAGCCAGGCAUGGGCGGCUCGGCGGAGGCGACGGAGAAGACCCGGCCGGUCGCGGCCGAGACGACGUCGUCCGAUCACCACGAGGCGGUGGAGGCGCCCGAGCAAGCUGCAAGAAUGUCUACUUCCAUGGACCGAGAGGAGGAGAAGCUGCUGUCUCCGACGGCCAAGGAGGAGGAAGCGGAGAGCACGCGGGACAGGCUGAAGCGGCACAGGCGGGAGAUGGCGGGGAGGGUGUGGGUGCCGGAGAUGUGGGGGCAGGAGAAGCUGCUCAAGGACUGGCUGGACUGCUCCGCCUUCGACCGCCCGCUCGUCCCCGCCGGCCUGCUCACGGCGCGCAGGGCGCUCGUCGCCGAGUCCUGCGCGCGCCGCCCGGCACCGACGCCCCAAGCCAGCUCCAGCCCUCUCCGGGUGCAAAACGGCUGCUCCUGAUCUCCUGCUUCAGCUAUAUCUACAUGCACAUAAUAUGCCUAGCAUUCUUCUUGCUCGAAUAAGAUACCAUGUCCUUCUUGUUUCGGAGCUGCGAAGGUUCAUCUUUUUGUGAUUCACUGAUGAUACUUUGGAAGAACUACAUUUAUAUUUCGCCCUAUUUAUAUACUUAGAUUAUACUGCCAAUAA